AGAAGCCGCCGCUUCGCAUUAGGUUACUUACAUCGACUCGUUACUGUCGAGCAAAGUAACAGUCACCCCACUGGUUUUUGUAGGAUCAUCUUCAUAGCUAGUAUAACUUAAAACAAAAUGCGUGAGUGUAUCAGUAUCCAUGUUGGCCAGGCUGGUGUCCAGAUCGGCAAUGCGUGCUGGGAGCUGUACUGCUUGGAACAUGGCAUCCAGCCUAAUGGUCAGAUGCCCAGUGACAAGACCAUGGGGGGCGGAGACGAUUCCUUCAACACAUUCUUCAGUGAGACAGGAGCUGGCAAGCAUGUUCCCCGAGCUGUGUUUGUGGACCUGGAGCCAACUGUGAUCGAUGAGGUUCGUACUGGUAUCUACCGCCAGCUCUUCCACCCUGAGCAACUCAUCACUGGGAAAGAAGAUGCUGCCAAUAACUACGCCCGUGGCCAUUACACAAUCGGCAAAGAGAUUAUUGACCCAGUUCUGGACAGAAUCCGCAAGUUGGCUGACCAAUGCACAGGUCUCCAGGGUUUCCUGGUCUUCCACAGCUUUGGUGGUGGCACUGGCUCCGGUUUUACCUCCCUGCUGAUGGAACGUCUGUCCGUUGACUAUGGCAAGAAAUCCAAGCUUGAAUUCUCCAUCUACCCAGCUCCCCAGGUGUCCACAGCGGUGGUAGAGCCCUACAAUUCCAUCCUGACCACCCACACCACCUUGGAGCACUCAGAUUGUGCUUUCAUGGUUGACAAUGAAGCCAUCUAUGACAUCUGCCGCAGAAACCUUGACAUUGACCGACCAACCUACACCAACCUGAACCGUCUCAUUAGCCAGAUAGUGUCCUCCAUCACAGCCUCCCUCCGUUUUGAUGGUGCCCUGAACGUUGAUCUGACUGAGUUCCAGACCAACUUGGUGCCAUAUCCCCGUAUCCACUUCCCCUUGGCCACAUAUGCCCCAGUUAUCUCCGCUGAGAAAGCCUACCAUGAGCAGCUUUCGGUAUCUGAGAUUACCAAUGCUUGCUUUGAGCCAGCCAACCAGAUGGUCAAAUGUGACCCACGCCAUGGCAAGUACAUGGCCUGCUGCCUCCUUUAUCGCGGUGAUGUGGUGCCAAAAGAUGUCAAUGCAGCAAUUGCUACCAUUAAAACCAAACGUAGCAUUCAGUUUGUGGAUUGGUGUCCAACUGGUUUCAAGGUUGGUAUCAACUACCAGCCUCCCACUGCGGUUCCUGGAGGUGACCUGGCCAAGGUGCAGCGAGCUGUGUGUAUGCUGAGCAACACCACUGCUAUUGCUGAGGCUUGGGCUCGCCUGGACCACAAGUUUGACCUGAUGUAUGCCAAGCGUGCCUUUGUUCACUGGUAUGUUGGUGAGGGUAUGGAGGAAGGAGAGUUCUCAGAGGCCCGUGAGGAUAUGGCUGCUCUGGAGAAGGAUUAUGAAGAAGUGGGUGUUGACUCAGUGGAGGGAGAAGGGGAAGAGGAAGGUGAGGAAUAUUAACUUGAGUCUUGUCACUUCACAAAAGCAUGUACUUAAGCUCCAGGCUUGGUUCAUUCCAGUGUUUGGCUAUUGAGUGUUACACAACCAGGGUGUUAGAAACGGUGCUGGCUUGGUACUGUAGAAUACGUAAUGAUCUUAAUGGUUGUGUUUGAUCUGUGCUCGUUUGCUUGUCUAUGCAUAACUUAUUUUCAUCAUGUCUGAUGCAAUAAAGGAGCUUAAAGAAUCA